AGCAAAACAAAAUCUUUUCAGCCCUCUCUCUCUCUCUCACUCUCUCAACGGUCUGCAAUUGGGGAAAGAGGCCAACGCGGCCCAAAACUCUGCCCUGUUAGAACCAAAACAAAAUAUUGUCCAGUCGCUAGAAACAACAAUAAGGCCCAAUAAGGCGAUAUCUCAAGUUUCAGGAAAGAGGAGGAAACGGGUACCGGGAAGCAAGAAGAGUGAAUAAGCGGUUGACGAAGGCGGAAGAAUUGCCGGCGCAGUUGCCGGACAGAAGCUGCCGAAUCAAUUCCGACUGGAAUCGGGGAGUCGACUGGAUCUACGAGGAGCUAGAUACCGGAGGAAGUGGAAAGAGAGCCAGUUAACUCGGGAAUCAGCUGCUGCUGCUGUAGAUCGGCGAAUUCAUCGCCGUAGCUCUUGUUUUGGUUGCCUGGUACGGAGAAAGCAGGCAGCUUUUCUUCAAGUCAUCGGUUUGGAAACGGAAUCAGAGAGAAAUGGACUUCAAGCGAAGCUCCAAGUUGAAUAUCGCCAUUCUUCACCCUGACCUUGGAAUAGGUGGAGCUGAAAGGUUGAUUGUUGAUGCUGCUGUUGAACUUGCAUCCCAGGGUCACAAGGUUCAUGUAUUUACAGCUCACCAUGACAAGAACAGGUGCUUUGAGGAAACUGUUGCAGGCACUUUUCCAGUUACCGUAUAUGGUUCCUUUCUUCCCCGACAUGUAUUCUACCGACUUCAUGCUGUAUGUGCAUACUUGAGGUGCCUCUUGGUUGCUCUUGGAAUGUUGUUCCUUUGGCCAUCUUUUGAUGUUGUACUUGUGGAUCAAGUUUCUGUUGUAAUCCCAUUGUUGAAACUCAAAAGAGCAACAAAGGUGGUGUUUUAUUGUCAUUUUCCAGACCUCUUGCUGGCUCAACACACAACCGCACUCCGAAGACUAUAUAGAAAACCUAUCGACUUCUUGGAAGAAACAACAACCGGAAUGGCAGAUAUGAUACUUGUAAAUAGCAAAUUCACUGCAUCUACUUUUGCUCGAACAUUUAAGCAUCUUCACGCACGAGGAAUUCAGCCUGCUGUUCUAUAUCCAGCUGUUAAUGUGGAGCAGUUUGAAGAACCUCAUUCUUCCAAGUUGAAUUUUCUCUCCAUCAACCGUUUUGAAAGGAAGAAGAACAUAGAAUUAGCAAUUUCUGCCUUUGCCAAGCUUCACAGCCUCGGGGAACUUGGUAAUGAUAAGCUGAGGGAUGCUUCCUUGACUAUUGCAGGCAAGUCUGUCCUUGUUUAUUUUUCUAGCGGAUACGACGAGCGUUUGAGAGAGAAUGUUGAAUACUUGGAGGAGCUUAGAAGACUAGCAGAUAGACAAGGAGUGUCCGAUCGUGUCAAGUUUGUGACGUCUUGUUCCACCGCCGAAAGAAAUGAUCUUCUCUCAGAAUGUCUAUGUGUUAUCUAUACACCUAAGGAUGAACACUUCGGCAUUGUCCCAAUCGAGGCGAUGGCAGCUCAUAAACCUGUCAUUGCAUGCAACAGUGGAGGCCCCGUCGAGUCUGUCAAGGAUGGAGUCACUGGAUUUCUCUGUGAUCCUACUGCUCAAGCAUUUUCACAAGCCAUGGCCAAAUUCCUCGAGGAUCCAGAUGUGACGAAGAGUAUGGGACGCGAUGCCAGGCGACAUGUGGCAGAUUCAUUCGCUACUCGGAUUUUCGGGCAGCGCCUGAAUCAAUACGUUACCAGCAUUGCUGGCACUAAGCAGGAAUGAAACUUCAACUCUUGUUGCAUACUCGGAUUUUGCAGUUUUGUUCUCCUCCCUUGGCGGGGGUCUUGAACUCCAUACUUAGUUAAGUUCCAUUUAUCUUUUUGCUAAACUUGAUUAAGGAAAUCCAUAUACAUUUGAAAUCCAAUUAUCAGCCAAUAAAUAGCUCAUUUCUUACACCCACCUAAAAUUUAGGUUUUUCUCCAAAAUUCUACAAUUACAAAAAUGACCUCCCAUUAUACAUAACUUGCACAAAAACUUUCCAACAUGGACAAGUUUGGUCUGGAUCACUGCAGUGUUCAGCGAUUUGGUGGCAGAUCGAUGGAGGCCAAACCGAUUUCACCUAAAUCGCUGCCAAUGAACGCGAUUUAGCUAAAUCACUACGAACUCCAGUGAUCUAACUUCAAAAUCGCUAGAGGCUCCAAUGAUUUUCACCUAAAAGGCUCCUGGUUCUGCCCUCCUUGCUCUAACCAGUAGAAUGUCAAAUGUAGGUUCCAGACAGUCUCCUGCUCCUCCUUUUUCCAUUUCAUUUGUAUUCCAAUUGAGGCGAUGGAGAUUUGUUUGCUAUGUUGUUCUGAACCCAACAAUCAUAGCUUCCAUCGUACAUGCCUCGCAGUUCCUCGUACCUUGGAAUCUGAGUAGGCCAACAAGGGACCCUGGACUGGAGCACCUUCCAGCGAGGGAUACCUCGCCUGUAUCCUGCAUAGAACUCCAUCUCUUUCCCUCCUGCCAUCCUUGACAAAUCAAAGGAGUAGAUACCAGACCUCUCUUCACGGGGAUCCCGAUAUUCCAAGAAGACAAUUUCCGGCUUGUCUGGAUGCAGAUAACCUGGGAAAAAUUUGUCAAAUUCAAAUUUACCCCUUACUGGUGUGUUAACCAGCCAUUCAUAUUGUUUCCUCCAAGAAUUGCAACCUUCUUCCAGCCUCCAAACCGUUAAGCAACCAGGAGUUCCAUGCUUGACUGCAAGCAAGUGCAAAGCACCCUGCGAGACGAUGACUUUCCAAGCGGUCUUGGGUGCCAUCAGGAUUGUUGAAGCAUCCACAUAAUGCGUAAGAGGCAUAUCAAGGCGAAAAGGAUCGAGCGAAACCAGGAAAACUCCAGCCCUACCAGCAUGCACUUUACCAGUCGCCAGAAACAAAGCCCCAUUGUACUAAAGCUAAUUUACCAUCAAACAGUCCGUAAAUUUCAUCAUGAACAGCAACUUCCUUCCUCCAUUCUCCAGACUCAGAACAAAACACGUCUAAUCUAAGAGAGCCGCGAUAUCUAUACAGUACAACCACCCUGAACUGACACUUGGAAGAGUAAGCAAAUACCUGGCCAUCUCCGAGAUCGAGAUCAUGCGAAAUGAGGGGCUUAAGAACUAACUUGGCAACCGAUGGAUCGUACCCCGUUCUCUUUUUCAUGCGCCAAAGGAAGCGCAACCCAUUGCUUCGUAAACGGAUUGCAGAACAAUAUACGUUCUGCCCAAUUCGUCAUUACAAAACCCUGGAUCCGUAAACCCGCACAAGACCAAGUCUUUGAAAGAAUCACAAACGAAGAAACGCCGGCCAACUUCUUCAUCAGCAGGCAUUGCCGGGAGAAAGCUCUGGAUGACCGAUUGCGAGUCUAGAUUGCUGAAUAACAGAGGUUGGUACCUGCUCUGGUGGUGUGAAACGAAUCGGCGAUUGAAGUAGCGACUGGAGAUCAAAGAGAUCCACCGCUUGCAGACGGAUUUACAUCGGCCGGCGUGUCUGGGGUUUGGGAGCCGAAUCAGAAUAUCUGCCAGGAGAUCGUCUUCGAGGUUGGUGAUCGGGCUCAUCUCUGGAUGUAUCUCGGCGGAGAUACGAACGGAGCUGCGGUUCUCGGCCGCCAUGGCGGAGGGCGGGGUAGACGGACAAACACGAGGAGGAGAAAACCUCGAUUGCAUGAAUGAA